GGCACUGAACAGUGAGACACAAAGUAGGACUGCUUGUCAAAAACUGUAAAAACCGGUCUGCUUCGGCAGCGAACAUAUUUGGGAAAAAUGGGAUUCAUCAAAAUAUUUUUCCUGCUAUUUUUCUGCGCUGUCAUGCAAGCUGAAUGCGAGAGACACUCUCUCUAUUACAUAUACACCGCCCUCUCCAAACCUGUCUCUCUUCCUGGAAUCCAUGAGUUCACUGCUAUGGGCCUGCUUGAUGACAGAGAGAUUGACUACUACAACAGUCAGGACAAAGUCAAGAUUCCAAGACAACACUGGAUGAAAGAGAGUCUGACAGCUGACUACUGGGAGAAAGGCACUCAGUCACGAAAGAGUAAAGAACAGUGGUUUAAAGUCAAUGUCAAUAUUCUGAUGGAUCGUAUGAACCACAAUCAGUCUGAUGUCCAUGUUCUUCAGUGGAGACACGGCUGUGAGGCUGAGACACACUCUGAUGGAUCAGUAAGAUUUGUGAGAGGUGUUGACCAGUACAGUUAUGAUGGUAGCGACUUCCUGUCCUUUGAUGAUGACACUAUGCAGUGGGUGGCCCCAGUUGAUCAGGCCGUUCCCACCAAAAGGAAGUGGGAUGAUGUGCCCAUUCUCAACCAGUACACUAAGGGUUACCUUGAGAAGGAGUGUGUGGACUGGCUCUCCAAGUUCAUGACUUAUGGGGAAAAGGAGCUCAAGACACAUACUCCUCCUGAGGUUUAUGCUUUUGCAAAGAAAGCUAAAUCACCGGGCAAGCUGACCCUGACCUGUAUGGCCACUGGCUUCUACCCCAAAGAUAUUACACUGCUCAUCAGAAAGAAUCGUAUUCGACUGGCUGAGACAGAACCCCAGAAUGUCAUGCCAAACGGAGAUGGAACCUACCAGCUGAGGAAGAGUGUGGAGAUCCCUGAGUCUGAAAAAGCAGAUUAUGACUGUUGGGUGAACCACAGGACCCUGAAAGAACCAAAAAUCUCUGUGUGGGAUGGGAAAUGUGGGAACUGUGAUGGAGACAGAGUUCUUGGUGGUAUCAUUGGUGGUGUUGUCGGAGUUGUCCUCACUCUGAUGGUGGUUGGUGUCAUCAUCUUUGUUCUUUAUAAGACAGGAAGAAUUGGCGUGUCAAGACAGAGAGACAUAAAUGUCCAGCCCAAAACAUUUGCACAGUCAGGAGGAGUCUCUGUAGUGACCAUGGGAUCUCCACCUGUGAGAGCCGAUGGGGGACUUCCAGUGAACACACCACUGCUGACAGGAUCAAAGGAUAAACUCUCCAGUGGGGGCUCUGACUCAGGCCACGAGAGCGGUAAUGGUUCAUCAAGAGGUAGCAGAGAGAAUUGUCAUGAAUCUGAACAAAUGCUGCCAGCUUGAGUCCUAUAAAUGAUAGAAGUGGCUUGAAGAGGAGGAGUCAAGGCAUUACAUAGAUGAUGAUGAUGUUUACUUACACACACACACACACACACACAUGUUAUUUGAAGGACAGGAAACUACAGUGUAGGCUAGGGGAGCAGGAGUAACAAUGUGUUGUUUUAGAGUUUCAUUGAGGUAUAACACAUUUAUUUGAUUAUUAUUUACUUGAUUAAUCUCUCACUUCUGAAAAAUACUUUAAUAUCAACAUGUUAUAAAAAUGUUAACAUACUUAAUUGUGUUUUUUUUUAGUUGAUUAUAGUAAUCAUUUCAAUUUCAUUUGUUUGUUUUGUUUUGUUUUUUAAAAAUAACAUAUUAGGUUCAGCACUACUUGGAAUAUGAUCAGAAUUCAGAGAAGCCGAAUAAGCUUGUAUGUGUGUGCAUUUUGUAUUGAAUUGUAUUGAAUGUAAUGGGGAAAAGACACAUGCUUUGAGUGACUGGCUCAUGUGUUUUUUGUGUUUGUGGAUUUCCCUGUGAAUGUGAUUGUUUGAAUCCUGGAUGUAAUCACAUACCACGUAUAAAGUUAUGUGUAAUGAAUGAAUGUUAAUCUAGUGCAUGAGUGUGAAUUAUUGUAUAUUUCUAUUCCUACUGCAGUCCUGUCAGCCCUGAGAAGUAAAUGACCUGUAUUUUCAGAGAGCACUUUGUGCAUUCACAGUGGUAAAAUCAAACACAUUUCCCAUUUGAAAAACUAGGAAUCAAAAUGAUAUGUGUGUUAUGUGUUAAAGAUUGUUAAUAAUUAACAGUAUUGUCUCUCGAUUUUACAGUAACUAUAUCUUGUUCAUAAAUAAUAAUUACUUGUUAA